AUGACAACAGAAGAGUGUCAAGAAGGUUUAACGAAGGAGGAAUCUACAAAUAAGGAAGAUAACGGGCAGCAUACAACUGACAAUAUUUUACAUAGUGUAUCAAUAGAUAAUGAAAAGAGAUUAUCAACGUCGGAAAGGGUUAUUCAAUUUAUUGGAGAAGGACAUUCUAAUAAACGACCUAAACUUAAUGAAAAUAGUACGGAAAUUUCAACAGAAAAUGAAAAUGAUACAUCAAUACUUCAUUCAUUGGAUGCAACGACCGAAGAUCCAUUCACUCUCGAAUCUUUUGAUACACUUAUACAACAACAUGCGGAAAAAAAUAAAGAUUUUAUCAUAGCAAAAGUAUCUACCGUUGACCCAUUAGAUGAAUUAAAAUAUUAUCAUUCAUUUUAUUCUGGUCAUCAGAUAAAUAAAAUAUUAUUCAGAACUCAACCCGAUCAAGGUUUAUUACAUCGUAUGAAAGCUAAAAAUCCAUUAAAUAAUAUGAAUAUAAUCGGUGAUGUACAUUAUUAUGUCGUUAAAGCAGCGAGUGUAAAAAAAUCACAAACAUUUGCAAAAUCUUCUUCGAUGUCUGCGACAUCAAGAAAAACAUUAACUGUUAAGGAAAAAUGUGUAACGAUAGUAGCAACUUCUUCACUUGAUAAAACUGAAGAGGUUACGAUUAAUUUUGAUGAUGUAAUAUCGAUGGCUGAUAGAUUACAUUCCGCUCCACCAUCAAUAUGGAAUUUUAAAAACGAAGAAGAAGUAUUGGUUGCUAUUGAGAUGAACUCACAUUCAUCCAAGAAUGCUAAUAAUAAAAGAUGUAAAGAAUUUUCCAUUUCAAUUCCAAAAAAUGAUGACAACAUCAAUCCUUCUUCUUCCUUGGAAAAUCAACCCAUCUUAUCUCCAACACCUACAGUCACACAAUCACCAAUCAAUGUCGAAUCCCCUUCAAUACCUUUAAAUGAAAUAGAUAUGGGAGACAAUUCAAUUCAUUACAAGGCAAUAUUUUAUGCAACUGAUGAUGAUUUUUUGAUGCGUUCAACGGUACGACAAUUUUUCAAAUCAAAUGCAUUGGAUCCUGUAGAUGCACAAUUAUUCACAAUAAAUUCAUCUCCACAUAAUGUCUCGACGACAAUAAAUACAACUCCACCAAGUGCGCGAUUGGAAAGGAUGGUAACAAAUAAUGGAGCAGAUUUCUCUGAAACUACAUCGACUCCAUCACAAUCGCGCAGAAAUUCACAAUCAAUAAAUGCUCACUCUAGAUGGUGGAGAACGAUACAUAAUUUGAGAAUGAAUAAAGGGUUAAAAUGGUUGGUAUUGAUGUACAUGGUAUUUGGAUUUUUAUUAAUUAGAUUCGUUGUUAAUGAAACCUAUGCUUAUUUAAUGGCUUUCCUUUUAAUGUUGUGCUUAUUCCUUGUAUUCUGUGUUGGAAGUGGUGUUGGUAUUUGGGGAAGAUAA